GCGUGCGCACUGAUACGCCAGGGCGCCGCCUAAACCCUACCGCCGGCCAGCAAUGGCCGACGGCGUGUGGCUGUCGGGUUUACUGGCGCUGCUCCUUGUAUCUGCGCUGCCGGUGGUCCUCGGAGACCGCCCCAGCCCUGAUCUCCGGGCACACCCAGGGGACCAAGCCCAGGUCGGCCCUGGGGCCACGGAACCUCGGCGGCAGUCUCCGCCGAAGGACCAGCGCGAGCGGGCCCGGGGCGGGGCGCUGCCUUGGAGGGCGUUGUAUACCGCAGCCAUCGUCGCGUUUGUGCUGUACAAGUGUUUGCAGGGGAAAGAUGAGGCCGCAGUUCUCCAAGAGGAGGCAGGCAAGAAGGAAUCAGCGCAGUCAGAGCAACAACUGGCCCAGCUGACACAAGUGCUGGCCCAGACAGAGCAGCACCUGAACAGUUUGAUGGCGCAGCUGGACCCUAUCUUUGAGCGUGUGACUACUCUGGCUGGAGCACAGCGGGAGCUUCUGAACACAAAUCUACAGACUAUCCAUCAGCUGAUGCAAGACAGCAAGCCAGACAAGGGUGUAGAGGUUCCAGAACCAGAGGCCACCUUACUCUUUCCUGAAGACUUACGUAUAGAGAAGGAAGCUGCUGACAGUGAGGCCUGUGAGGAGUCCAUACACUGGAGUACAGAGACAUGGAACCUGGCUACUUCCCGGAAAGUGGAGCAAGGGCUAAGGAGAAGAUGCAGCAAGGCUGCGGCAAAGGGCCCCAGUCACGGGGUGGGGGCUCUGGGGGCGGUGCAGCUGAAGGUUUAAUAAAGCAAUUUGUCCUUGUGACUGGA